CGUGUUUUUAUUUUCAUGUUGCUUUUGCGCAGCUUGUAUUUACCGCUUUUCGCUGCCUCCACAUACAGUACCGUGGCUUUGCUUGAGUGCACGCCGCUGACUGCACACUGUAAGACGGUCUCGUUGCAGAAUUGUUUAUACGAAUUUCACAGGAAUGCAUUUUGUUUUUGUCAAGGUGACAUGUCACUCCGUCUAGCUUGAGCCUGAGUGAAGCUGCAUAAUCGAUCUUCAGCGCAACUCGGGCGAGGGACGGGCGCAAUAAGAAGGAGGAAUGUCAUCCAAUAUCUACGGCGGAGAUGAGGUCAAUGCCUUGGUACUGGACCUUGGCACCCACACGUUUAAAGCGGGAUACUCCGGGGAUGACACGCCAAAAGCUGUCUUCCCAUCGAUGGUGGGAGUCCAUGCAGUGGCGCCAGCGGCAGGAUCCAACGGGAUGGAUGUGGACAGCGGUAAUGGCAAGCCAGGCGGACGCAAACUGUCGGUUGGCUACCAGGCCCUGAGCGCAAAGCAAAUCGGGAUGGAGGUGCAAUCCCCGUAUGGCCCGGACGACGUUUUGAGCGACUGGGAGCUGGCGGAGGCGCUGUACACGCACGCAAUCAGGGACCGGUUAUCCGUUAAGCCAGAGGACUUCGCGCUUUUGGUGACGGAGCCUACGCACAACACGCGUGCGGCCCGGGAGCGGCUGGUGGAGCUGGUGUUUGAGACGUUCCAGGCCCCGGCGCUGUAUGUGGCCAAGAACGCCAUGCUCAGCUGCUUCGCCACAGCCCGGCAGACGGCGCUGGUGGUGGACUCGGGCUACAGAGCCACAACAGGUGAGGGGCAUUGUGGUUUUGUGCUGCUGUUGCGGAAUGGGUUGGUAACGCAGGCUGCAAGGGAGCUGAUAAUCGGCUGAUUCUGGCAUGCAAUAGGCGCUUAGGAUGGGCUCCGUGUCCCCGGCUCAGGAUGUGUGGGUCCAGACACACAUGGUACCAAUCC